GUUAAACUUGGUUGGUAUAUUUCAGUGGCCCAUAAUAAUAGCUAUUAUCCAUAGCUGUGGUUGGAAAGCCUUUUGUUGUCCGAGAUACGAAAAAACAAAUCCUGAAUGUAUAAGCCCAACCAUAAAGCGCAAGCAGUACAUUUAGUUUCAAAAGCUGAACAAGUCGAUUGUUGUCCAAGAACCUCUUACCAACUCCCCAAUUUAAAUAAAAAUGAAACUCUUCUGUUUAUUAAUAUCUUUAUUCUUUAUGGAAGUUUUGGCACCUUAUGAUCGUUAUAUGGAAUUAGUUCACAUUACAACUAUUGGCAUCAAACUUGCUUAUGAAAAGAAUGAUUUAACUGUAGGAGGUAGAUCUGGAGCAAAUGCAUUGGAGUAUCUAAUUGAAGCAAUGGUUGAUGAUACCAAUGAUGAUCUUAACUACCAAAAUUUCCGCCAUAUUAAUUUUUUGACGGCUGUACCGGAUCAUACAGAAAUUCUCUCGAAAAGAACAAGUAUUUCAGAAACUUUAGAAGCCAAUGAUUUAUUCGACAAAAUGCUUCAAGACAUAGAGAGUAAAUUAGGAAUUAAAAUGUCAGGAGAUUGUUUGGAUGUUAAGAAAACAUUGAAAAACCUUGCAAACAUGAGAAGAGACUUUGUUGCUUGGUCUUUAAAAAGUAUAAUCAGACGUCGUAUGCUAGGAUCUGUACAGGAUGUAGAAGAUGGUGCCUCUCUAUUACCUAAUUGUCGUUUGAUAGGAAUAUACUUGAGUACACAAUUGCCAACAUUAUACAUAAAUGAAGUUAACAUUGACUCAACUAGCCGUACAUGUACCUUAAUAAGUAGUUCGUAUACCGAAACGACAUUCUGGAAAAUCGGUGCUACAUGGACAUUAAGAAACUCACAUGGCACAGUCAAUACACUCGAGGAAUACUUACAACACGGACAUCAACAAACUGCACCCACAUACUAACCCAAUGUCAGAAAAACACUGGCAUCCUUAUUCUGUUCUUUACAUAAUAUAUUAUAGUUCUUAUUACUAUUAUUACUAUAUACACUAUAAAAUCAGAAAUUUUAAAAUAUUAUACAUAUAUUUAAGCUGACGGGAAAACAACCGUCUUAGGAUUUUUUCAAUAAUAUAUUUCACAUAAUACAUUUUUUGUAUAGUAAGUACGUAAUGCUAUAAGCCUAUUUCUGUAUCAUGUCAGGUCUAUCAAAAAAAUAAAUAA